AUGGCCUGGAGAGCCCCCGUGCCCCAACUGCUGCUGCUGCUGCUGCUGUUCCCAGGCUCCUGGGCACUAUUGAGGGCUCAUGAAAUUCAGAAAGUGGUGGGACAGACACUCUCUUUGAAAUGCCGGUACCAGCCCAUGAGCAGGUCCUAUGAGAAGAAAGGCUGGUGCAAGAUGAAGACAAGACUCUGGUGCAUCAGACUGGUCACCAGCUCCCAGCCCCGGACACUGGCUCAGACUGCUCGAUUCUCAAUCUGGGAUGACCCUGCUGCUGGCUUCUUCACUGUCACCAUGACUGAUCUGAGGGAGGAAGACUCAGGACACUACUGCUGUAGAACCUACCACACUUCCAGCAACUCUGUCUCUGAGUCUAUCAAAUUCUAUCUGGUGGUGUCUCCAGUCUCUGCCUCCAGGCAGGCCACCUGGGUUCCCCAUGACCUGGUCUCUUCACAGACCCAGAGCUGUGUGUCCUCAACUGGAGGAGCCAGAGAAGCCCCCAGGGCUCCAUCUGCCAGCACUGCCCCUUCACAGCCCCAGAAUUCCACUCUCCGCUCAGGCCCUGAAGCCCACGGGGACCUGGUCCCAGCACUCUGUGGACUCCUCAUAGCCAAGAGCCUUCUGCUGUCUGCCCUGCUUGUCUGGUGGUGGGACGUGCAGUGGAAAACCCUGAUAGAGCUCAGGAGCUUGGACACCAGUAAAGCCACCUGCCACAUUCAACAGGUCACUGACCUUCUCUGGACCUCAGUUUCUUCACUAAUGAACACGCUUU